AUACUGGUGUUCUGGAAGAGGGAAUUGACACUGGUGGUCCAAGACGAGAGUUUUUGACUCUACUGAUGAAACACCUAAAAGACCGGCCCAUUUUUGAUGGACCAGAAGGACAUCGGUUCUUGGUCUACAAUGCAAAUGAUUGAGAAUGCUGCUUCAUUGGAUGCUCUGCAAGAAUGUAUGAUGAGACACAGCACAAUGUUACAGACAGCAGGUUGUCUGAGACAUGUGGCUACUGUGGAAGAAAAGAAAGAAAUCGUGUCAGACUACCUCCAAUGGUAUAUUAUUGACCGCAACUCAUCUGUAAUUAAAAGAUUCAGAGACGGUCUUUCAACCCUGGAGUUUUUGAAUGCACUACAGCAACACCCUACUUUGCUGGCCCCUGUCCUGUACCACUCUGAAAGUCGAAUCACUGCUUCUGAACUUGAGAGACUCUUCAAAACUGACCUCAGUCCUUUGGGGAGUAAUCGAAGACUUAAAGAAAGUCAAACCAUGGCCUACUGGGCAGACUAUCUCCUUGAUUGUGAAGAAGACCAGGCUGCUGUGUCUGUGGAAGAUGUUUUGAUGUUUGCUACUGGGCUGUCCUCACUUCCCCCAUCUGGCUCAGUCACAAAUGGACUUUGGAAUUCAAAAUAGUCCAGGAUUUGGCUGUUUCUAAGCUAUACGAUGGAUGACCCCUAGAGUUAAGACUCAUGACCAGCGUGAGCCUACGUGUGACGUACAACAGAAGCGCUGCGCUGUUACACUACGCAAACUCACUCGAGGCCCACAGCGAAGGAAAUUAAUAGUUGAAUGAAGUCGUUAUUUUGUUUGUUUUUGCGCACA